AUGGCUAAAUCGAUAGGAACAGGCGUCUCGCCUUUUGUGCUCGUGCUCACUGUCGUCCUGGUGCUUUUGCCCACGCACGUCCAGGCGUUUGGCGCUGGGAAUAUUGCGUCCAUUUCUCUUCUCGAAGGCAAGAACUGGCGCCAUGGCGAUAUCGAGGAUGUUCUCACGACAAUCGCUUGCAUCAAAGGUCACAAAUGGACCUCGUCGAUGGUCAAGCGGGUCUACUUUGGCAACUGGCUGCGAGACUAUUCCCAGGCCAUGGAUGUUGGCACCCUGAAGAAUCUCCAGGCGGACUCAAUUCGAAUUUUGGUCUGGAUCCUGUCUUUCUUGAGCUUUGGCUACGCGACAAGGGAGUUUGAGGUCACAUCAGAAAGACUCGGCGUGUAUCGACCAGAGGAACACAUAGACAAUCCCAAAGGCUACGCCGAUGAUGAAGAUGCCCGACAAUUUGAUCCUCGACUGCGUCCUCCGGUCCGCCAAGUGGAGCUGGAUAUUGACCCAGACACUGGCAUGAAGAACUACAUUGCGAAUGAGCGUGGCGACUGGGCGACUAGCGCUGCGUACGUUCGGUAUAGUCUGGGCCGUAGCAUCCACUAUGGACGGGUAUAUACUAGUGGAGGCAGUGACCGCGGCAAAGAAGAAGACCUGUUUGAGGCGCUGCGAUGUCUCGGGCAGGGCCUGCAUACGCUGGAGGACUUUGCCGCCCACAGCAACUACUGCGAGCUGGCGUUGCGCGAAAUGGGCUUCCGCAACGUCUUUCCUCACACGGGCACCGCCACGGAGAUCGACCUCCAUGGCCAUCGGGUCUUCCCCCUCGUCACGGGAACCUUUGGCAUGGUGGACUUCUUCCACUCCGUUCUCGGCGAGGCCACCGACCAUUUCACCCAGUCCGAGGUCAACGAGAUGGACAUCGCCCUGGGUGACGCCCAGGCCAGUUCCGGAUCCAGUACUCUUCACACCCUAACAGGGCUGCUGGGGAAGAUCCCGGGCACCAAGGACCUGGUGUCCGAAGCAAGAGGGCUCGAGCAGCAGUCCGAGGCCCAGGACGCUGCAAACAGGAGCCGAGGAGCCCAUAUCGGCUAUUCCAGUGCCUCUCUGCAAGGAGAGAAUUAUCCUCCCUCUGGCGGCGAGUACAGCCGAAGCUUUGCCCAACCGGGUGAUCAGACCAGAGCUUCAUCACCACCAUCAGGCUUGCCGGGGCUACCGGAUUUCAACCCCAAGGAGACAAUCGCCAAGAUCUACCCGAUCCUCGAGUUCCGCGACAAGGUUGUGCGUAAGCUGUCGGCGAUCAUCGAGAAGAUCCCCGGCCUAGAGGCCCUGGUGGACAAGAUCACCGAGACGCUGACCGUCUUCGUCAUGUCCCUGUUAGCCCCCUUCAUCCGGCCCCUCAUCAACGCAGCCUCCAAGUCGCUGCAGACGGGCUCGGCGAGUGCCCUCCACGCGUCGGCCGAGCACCAAUUCGAACCAUGGACCGACCCAACCUGCACCGACCCGACGCACUCCCUGCUCUCCAAGGAUCACUUUGCCAACAUGCUCAACGAGCCCGCCGGCCACGUCGCAGCCGCCAUCUUGAAAUACGUCGCCCCCCGCGUACUCUACGCCUGGGACCACAUCGACGUAUCCGUCGACCAAGUCCUCGACGACUGCCUGCACGUGUUCCACCACCCGGCGCUCCGCAACAUGCACCAAGAUGCCCACCGCACCAUGUUCGAUGCCGUUCAGGCAUGGGUCCACGCUAGACCAGACCAGGGCGCAAAUCUCAACGAUCUCCUCAGCGCCCAGGGUGUCAGGGAGGGCAGGAAUAACAUCCCCGGCACGGGUGAUAAUCAUGCAGGCCAUACGCAUACGUCUCCGUUUCCUGCUCUGGGCGGCGCAGGACACGGCCAUCCCUCACAAACUCAUGGCCAGGCCCAAUCGAGUUCGUUCCGCCCAUGGGACCAGCUUUCCCAGCUUCCUAUCCCCGGUCUCUCGAGUCUGGAUAAAUGGUCGAAUCUGAUUCCCAGCGGGUUCACGCGCAGUAGCACCGAGGAAUAG